AUGGCAGCGCUCAGCAAAAUAACGCACAACUGCUAUGAAGUCGGUCACACUUGGAACCCGUCGUGUAUGCAGUCCACCUUGGACAUAACGAAAGGCGCGUUGGAGGUCUCUUUCAAAAUAUACGCCCCUCUUUACGUGGUAGCAGCUAUUCUUAGGGGAAGGAAAAAGGAUUACUACUUGAAAAGGCUUCUUCCCGAGAUCUUACAGUCUACCUCUUUCCUCACUGCCAAUGGAGGCCUCUAUAUUUUCUUCUUCUGUAUUCUCAGGAAACUGCUGGGAGGCUUUUAUUCUUGGUCCGCUGGGUUUGGCUCGGCCCUGCCCGCCUCCUAUAUUGCUAUCCUUCUAGAGCGCAAGAGCAGAAGAGGACUUCUCACAAUAUACAUGACAAAUCUAGCAACAGAGACCUUGUUUCGCAUGGCCAUGACGCGUGGCCUCAUCAAACCCAUCAAACAUGGCGAGGUGCUCCUCUUCUGCAUUACUGCAUCCCUCUACAUGUUCCUCUUUAGGAGUAAAGAUGGCCUCAAGGGCUUUGCAUUUUCAGCAUUAAAAUUCAUCAUCGGCAAAGAAGAGAUCCCAUCUCACUCUGUUCUGGCCGAGCAGGUUCCUGCAACUCCCCGAGAGGCGUCGGCCGACUCGGAGACUGAGGCUUCGCAUGCCUCAAGAAUACAGCACUACUCAAGGAGCAACUCUUUGUUAGCCUAUGUCAGGAAACUGCUAAAGUCAUUAUGCCUACGAGGUCCGAAACACAGAUGUUGUAAACAUCAGAAUGACAAUUGCAUUUCUUACUCUGUUAAAGGUUUUGUGAGGAUGUUCAGCGUUGGCUACUUGAUUCAGUGCUGCCUUAAAGUGCCCUCAGCGUUACGCUACGUCUUCUCAAAACCGUCACGGCUUCCUUCCCUCUUCUACAACAAAGACAACUUCCAGCUCGGGGCUUUUCUAGGGUUUUUUGUUAGCAUCUACAAGGGAGCAAGCUGCUUGCUACGUUGGUUGCGGGAUAUUGACGACGAGCUCCAUGCUUUGGUGGCUGGGUUCCUGGCAGGAAUCUCCAUGUUCUUCUACAAGAGCACAUCGAUAUCAAUGUAUCUCUUCUCUAAGCUGGUGGAGACCUUGUACUUCAAGGGCAUCGAGGCAGGUCACUUUCCGUAUUUCCCACAAGCGGACACAUAUCUGUACGCCAUCUCCACCGCCAUCUGUUUUCAAGCUGCUGUGAUGGAGAUGCAGAAUCUUCGGCCUGCGUACUGGAAGUUUCUGCUGCGUCUUACUAAGGGCAGGUUUGGGCUGAUGAACCGACAGCUGCUAGAUGUUUUUGGCACCGAGGCCUCUAAGAACUUUCAGGGCUUUUCUCCCAAACUGGAUCCACGCUAUGUUUCGGCGCCCAGCCAAACGAUGCUACCAUCAGGAGGCGACGUUCAGCUUGGAUGGCGUGGGGUUUUGGUGAUCAGAAAUUGUGACCUUUUGUGA